AACAAAGAUGGCGGAUAUGUCGGGGACCGAGCUGUCAGAGGAAAAAGACGCCGACCCGGUGCUUCAGAGCCGGGGUGGACCUCCUCCCUGGGUGGACCUCCACAAGUCCGGGAGAGUCGCUGUCUCCCCCAAACUGCCCGAGACUUUGGGCUUCUAUGAUUUCAGCUUCGUCAGGCAGCAGCGGGAAAACUCGGCAGAUUCAUCGCUGACCCGCUUUGUCUGUGCCGAGCUCACCAGAGGAUACUUCCUGGAGCACAAUGAGGCCAAAUUCACCGAGCGCCGGGAGAAGGUUUACACAUGCAUGCGCAUCCCCAAAGAGCUGGAGAAGCUGAUGAUCUUCGGCUUCUUCCUGUGCGUCGACGCCUUCCUCUACAUCCUCACUCUGCUGCCGCUCAGGGUCCUGCUGGCUGUGCUGCGGCUGCUCACGCUGCCGUGCUGCGGCUUCAGGGCACACACUUGCCCGUACUGCCAGAGAAGCAGUGGGUCCCGGCUACUGCAGCCAGCGCAGGUCUGCGACAUGUUGAAGGGUCUGAUCCUGCUGCUCUGCUUCUCCAUGAUGCACUACGUGGACUACUCCAUGAUGUACCACCUGAUCCGAGGACAGUCUGUCAUCAAGCUCUACCUCAUCUACAACAUGCUGGAGGUGGCCGAUCGGCUCUUCUCCUCCUUUGGUCAGGACAUUCUGGACGCUCUCUACUGGACAGCCACAGAACCUAAAGAGCGCAAGAGAGACAGUAUCGGCGUCAUCCCUCACUUUCUGAUGGCCGUCUUCUACGUCUUUCUUCACGCCAUCCUCAUCAUGGUCCAGGCCUCCACCCUCAACGUGGCCUUCAACUCUCACAACAAGUCUCUGCUCACCAUUAUGAUGUCCAACAACUUUGUGGAGAUCAAGGGAAGUGUGUUCAAGAAGUUUGAGAAGAACAACUUGUUCCAGAUGUCCAACAGCGAUAUCAAAGAACGCUUCACCAGCUACGUGCUGCUGCUCAUCGUGUGUCUCAGGAACAUGGAGCAGUUCUCGUGGAAUCCAGAACACUUGUGGGUUCUGUUCCCUGAUGUCUUCAUGGUGGUGACCAGUGAAGUGGCGGUGGACAUCAUCAAACACGCCUUCAUCACCAAGUUCAACAACAUCACAGCCGACGUCUACAGCGAGUACAGAGCCAGUCUGGCUUUUGAUCUUGUCAGCAGUCGGCAGAAGAACGCCUGCACGGACUACAGCGACUCGGUGGCUCGCAGGAUGGGCUUCAUCCCUCUGCCCCUGGCUGUCCUGCUGAUCCGAGUGGUCAUCAGCUCCGUGAAGGUCCAGGGAGCGUUGUCUUACACCUGCGUCCUCCUCUUCUAUCUGGGGCUGGUCUCACUGAAGGUCCUCAACAGCAUCGUGCUGCUGGGCAAGUCCUGCAUCUACGUCAAGAGGGCGCACAUGGAGGACAAGCUGUUUGAAAGACCCUCCGCCUCCUCACCUCCUCAGGCCAAGCCGGACGCCACACCUCCAGGUGAGAUGAAGCUGCAGCAGCGGAGUCCUCCGCCACCUGCCUUCAUCACCGUGCAGCCAGCUCCUCUCGCCGACCUGCUUCCUCCACGGACACAGCCAUCGCCCCCUGCUGACCCGCCUCCUCCGACUCCACCCCCCGACCCUCCUCUCGCCACGCAGGACGAGGAGGACAAGACGCAGAGCUGCGAGCUGAAGCUCAGGACUCAGAAGAAAGACCUCUUGGAGAUUGACCGCUUCACCAUCUGUGGGAACCGCAUCGACUGAGCGGCGGUGAGCAGGUGACUGUCUCAGGUACGACGAGGACCCACGGCUCUGACGACAGUGUUUAUUCCAGUGGAGGGGGAGUGGACGCUAAUGGACCUGUGAGUGAGUGCGCACCAGUGUGCGAGUGUGAGCAAGGGUGUGAGCACGAGCUGGCCAACAGACACUUCUGUCAGCCUGCUGCUUUCUGACUGAACCGAAACUCCAGGAGUAACUUCCUCGGAAGCUUUGUCUCCAUGACUCCUCCAAGUGUCCUUGCUCGUCCGCCCCUUCACAGUCGAGUCAUUCCCACCGUCCUAAACACCCCUCGGUUGAGGGUGAGGUCCACACAGAGAGAUUUCACUCUGGCCAACUAGGAUGCCAUGAUGGGACCUGAAACACCGUGUGUUGGGCACACGCCUCCCACACUUCAGCUCUACUCUGAGCCUCUGAUGGAUGACCUUCCACAGAGAGCUGUUGUGUGAAUGGACGAGUUCCGCUGGCAGGAAGUUCUCCAGCAGAACCUUGACAAAUCUACCUCAGCUGGUGUGUCCAGACCGGAGGCACGGCGAGUUCCGCUGCCGGAGCGUCGAGUCUCUGCCAAACUCCUGGCUAUGGCGCUCGUCGAUGAAGCAAUAUUGACUGAAGCCUUUCCUUUGGUUUUGAAGUGUUUUGGUGAUAAUUCUAUUUAUUUCUGCAGUUUGAUCUUAAUCUGAUGGUAUUUAUCUUCAGUUCAUCAUCAAUAAAUGCUUUUGUCUCACUCUG